AUGCCGUCUGGUGGAGCAAAAGGGUUCGGUGGCACCGAAGGCUUCAUGGCACCAGAAAUCGUCGACUGUUUUUCGUUUGGGAUGUUUUUAUACGAGCUGAUCACUCUCAAGCAUCCCUUCGAAGGACAAGAGCACGUGAAAGAACGUUUAUUGGGAGGCGCUCGGCCACGUGAGUUGUUAGUUCCAUCACCAAUGUUGGACCUGGUAAUCCACUGUUGGGCAACAUUGCCAGACGAUCGGCCGUCAUCAUCUCAGCUUGUGGGAUAUUGUUCUGCUCCUGAAUUUACUCACAUACUUGAUGUUUGUGAGCUUGAUGAGGCUUUACCACCCUCCUCUGUUCUACCUUACUAUAUUGGUGAUGAUAUGGAUGAUCCAGACGAUUUUGAAGCUCAACUUUGGUUAGGUGGUAAAAAUAUAACGGUGAUGAGUUGCACGCAGUAUGGAUGGCUGGAUCAGAAGGUCGUUGAAACAUCUCUUCGUCCGCGAUUCACCAAUAGAGUUCGUGAUACAGUUUGGUCCUGCGACGAGAGUGGUGAAGUCACGGUUUUCGCCUCGUCCCUGCACGAGUUGACGCGAUUGCAGUUGCCUUCACUCACUGCACCAAUUAUUCGCGCUCCAGAAUUGAUCGGCUCUGAUGUGCUUCUACUGGUGACUGGGCGUCAAUUGGUCCUCCUUCGGCUUAGCGAGUCUAAUUCAGUGGUCCUGCUUGCAGCUCUCGACAGCCCGUUUCCAAUCAAAACCGCGGCUGUGGUUGUGCAAGCCAGCAGCAGGCAAAUCUGGACAGGCCAUCCGGAAGGACGUAUAUCAAUACAUUAUCUCAGCCAAGAGGACAAGUUUUCGUUUUCUUCCUCGUUAUAUUUGCCGGAAGACAACGUUAUUGUCCGAGACAUUGUGACUAGCAGAGAUGGAAGCAAUGUGUGGGUAACAACUGAAGGAGGCUCUCGCGUGUUCUGUUGGGAUGUGGAACGACGUCAAAUCAGCUCAUCUCUGGACAUCCGCAAAGUUAUGCCA